CUCGCCGGGAGUGAAACCCCUCCCGCUAAAUAAUCGCAGUCCUCCGGAUAAAACUGCACCAAUCACAAUAAACUGAGACCUUAUGAUUUUGUAGUUAGCAUUUUGCAUUGUUUUCGUAUUAUUUCAGUAACUUCAGUUGCCGAAAGCACCGGAACUAGAGAGAUUCGCUGAGUUUUGUUUCAGUUGUUGCAUGGAAAUUGCUUUGAUUUAUUUCGAAAAACUGUACCUCCUGCACAUUUAUCGAAAAUCACAUGAACACGUGAGAUCAUUUCCACUCGGAAAUUAUGACCAACGAUAAACAGUUGUGGUUCCGUGGUGUGCGUAGCAGCAAAUUUCGCCAUGUUUAUGGUGUACCAGCGAAGCGUGACAAGUGCUAUGACAAUAUUAAGAUAACGAAGAACGCCCAUGACUCGCAAUUCUGCGCUGUUAAUCCAAAGUUUCUUGCCAUUGUGACGGAAGUUGCUGGAGGUGGUGCAUUUCUCGUCGUACCCCUCGAUAACACUGGGAGACUCGAUUUCAAUGCCAACAGAGUUACGGGACACACUGGCCCCGUUUUGGAUAUCAAGUGGAAUCCGUUCAAUGAUAAUGUCAUUGCCUCCUGCUCGGACGACUGUACCGUAAAGCUAUGGCACAUCCCCGACGGAGGUCUCUCCCGCAACCUAACGGAAUGGCUGGUGGAGCUCCAAGGCCACAAGCGCCGAGUCGCCUACAUCGAAUGGCACCCAGUGGCGGAGAACAUCCUCUUCAGCGCUGGUUUCGACCACUUAAUAAUCGUAUGGGACAUAAACCGGGGCGAGGCGAUAAACAUAAUCGAUCGCCACCCGGACGUCAUCUACAGCAUGUCCCUGAACCGAGACGGAAGCCUGCUGGCCACCACCUGCAAGGACAAGAAGCUGAGGGUCUUCGAGCCCCGCUCCAGCAUAGUAGUGUCAGAGGGUGUCUGUCAUGCGGGCACAAAAGCCAGUAAAGUCGUAUUUCUGGGUGGAACAGGACGCCUCUUGACAACUGGCUUCAGUAAACACUCGGACCGACAGUACGCAGUCUGGAGUCAGCACGAUUUGUCGAGCCCACUGGCCUGCGAGACGAUAGAUUCCUCCAGUGGCAUUGUCUUCCCCUUCUGCGAUAGCGAUACCAACGUGGUUUAUCUGGCUGGCAAGGGCGACGGCAACAUCAGAUACUACGAGUACGUUAAUGAGGCACCAUGGGUCCACUACCUCAGCCAAUUCAUUUCCGGGAAUCCUCAGAGGGGCCUGGGGGUCAUGCCCAAGAGGGGGAUCAACACUAGCACUUGUGAGGUCUUCAGGUUCUUCAAGCUGCACGCCACUCGGGGAAUGUGUGAACCUAUUUCCAUGAUUGUGCCCAGGAAGAGUGAUCAAUUUCAAGAAGACUUGUAUCCAGAUACAGUGGGCACCACACCCGCAUUAUCAGCGAAAGAUUGGAUUAGCGGGAUCAACAGUCAACCCCUCCUAAUCUCCCUGAAAACAGGUGGAGGCAUCACAACACACAAGCCUCGAGUGUACAAGCCCCCUCAGUCAAUUCCAGCAGCUGAUGUGAACACGAAAAAAAAAUUUGCAUUUCUAUCGACAGAAACAAUCCCCGAUUAUCGACCAAUUGAUCCUCUGGAUAUUGAGAAGAGCCAGAAGACUUCGAACAAUCAGAGCACGAAAAUCCAUCAGCUGCAGCAGAGAUUCGGUCACGUGACCAUCCAGCCAACAAGAUGUAGCACCCAAUUCUAUGAGCUCGUUAGCAAGUUCGGGGCGUAUUCCAAUGUUUACAAGAACAAUGCACCCCUCAACGACAACAAGAUCAUGGAGUCUGUGGAUAUACCUAACAACGAAGCUGAAUUGCGACUGGCAUAUGCCAGACAGACUGAUGAGUUGCGUCUAGCUAGACGACAGCUUGCUAAUAGCCAAGUGAGGGUCAAGGAACUCGAGGAGCAGCUGAGAAAACUACAGAAUAAUUGAGAUAAUUUUUUUUACUGAAUUAUUAGAACCAAGUGACUUUGGUUGAGUGAAGGAGAGAAAAUCAUUCUGAGGGUUCAACGAGUUUUCUUUCACGACAAAAUUCCCCUGACAUUUUUCCCGCAAAAUCGCAUUCUAGCAUUUUUUUUUGUUCUUUAUUUCCUUACGAUUCCCCCAGUCAGUGUCAUUUACUUAGAAAAAAAAUUGUUCAGUAUUCAAUUUAGUAAGAAAUUAAUAACAGUAAUAACAAUUCUCAGUGUGUGGGUAUAAGAUUACUAACAAACAAAAUAAAAUUCUAUUGAUAAUUAGGUUGAAAGGGGAUGGGUUUUUAGAAAAAAUUGUAAAUGACUUAAUUUAUUGCAUUUUCGUAAGAGAUUGGGUUUUUCUAUCCUCAUAUGUUGCUGAUGAAGGCACCAACAACUGUUUGAAAUAAAUAAAUUAUUUAUUAA